AGGGGCCAGGAGAAUCUGAAAGUGAAACUAGAGUGAAACUAACAAAUAGUUAAGCUGAUGGGAGCAACUAAAGGUUCUUACAUGGUGAAAGAAAAUGUGGAUUUGAAAAAUCCUUUCAUUUGGCAGUAAUCGAAGACGUUAUUCACAGAGGGCCCCGAUACCCCAGCAGAUGGACAUCAUGUUGCCUGAGGGAGACUCUAAAAGGACAGGGGAGAAGGUCAGAGGCCAGGAUCCCGGGGAGCAUCCUUCAGUCACACUCUUCCGAGAGUACCUGAGGCUCAAGACAGUCCAGCCUGAGCCCAACUAUGAUGUGGCUGUGCGGUUCCUGGAGCGGAUUGCAGCUGAGCUUGGCCUGGGGUGUCAGAAAGUGGAGGUGUGCCCGGGCCGGGUUGUCACCAUCAUGACCUGGCAGGGCACGGACCCGCAGCUCCGCUCCAUCCUGCUGAACUCGCACACAGAUGUCGUGCCGGUAUUUGAGGAGCACUGGACCCAUGACCCUUUCGAAGCCUUUAAGGACUCUCAGGGUAACAUCUAUGCCCGCGGGGCCCAGGAUAUGAAGUGUGUCUCCAUCCAGUACAUCGAGGCCAUUCGGAGGCUGAAGGCCGAGGGGAAGCGCUUCCCCCGAACAAUUCACAUGACAUUCGUGCCCGACGAAGAGAUCGGGGGCUUCAAGGGCAUGGAGCUGUUUGUGAAGCGGCCCGAGUUCCAGGCUCUCAACAUUGGCUUCGCCCUGGAUGAAGGCCUGGCCAACCCGACGGACACCUUCACUGUGUUCUACGGGGAGAAGUGCGUGUGGUGGAUUAAAGUCAAAUGCGAGGGGAACCCAGGCCAUGGAUCCCAGUUCAUUGAGAACACGGCUGCUGAGAAGUUGAACAGAGUGAUCACCUCCCUCCUGCAGUUCAGAGAGAGUGAGAAGCAGAGAUUGAAGUGUGACGAGCACCUCACCCUGGGCGACGUCACCUCCCUCAACAUGACCAUGCUGAGCGGGGGCGUCUCCUUCAAUGUGGUGCCCUUGGAGCUGUCCGCCGGCUUCGACAUUCGCAUCCCGCCCACUGUCAACUUGCAGGCAUUUGAGGAGCAGCUCACAGUCUGGUGCCGGGCAGCUGGAGAGGGUGUCACCUACAAGUUCUACCAGAAAUGUAUGGAUCAGACAGUGACCUGCAUCGAGGAGUCUGACCCGUGGUGGAAGGCAUUCAGUGGGGCCUGCAGAGACAUGCACAUUACGCUGAAGCGUGAGAUCUUCCCGGCCGGCACAGACAGCCGCUUUAUCCGAGCAGCUGGUCACCCGGCCCUCGGCUUCUCCCCCAUGAACCACACCCCGGUACUGCUGCACGACCACAACGAGUACCUCAACGAGCGAGUCUUUCUGCGGGGCAUUGAGAUCUACACCUGCCUCCUCUCCUCCUUGGCCAGCGUCCCCCCUCUGCCGGCGGAGGGCUGAGGGGCACGGCAGGAGGUGGGGGAUACUAAAGUGAGAGACGGGGAGUGAAAAUUCAUGGGGGCAGGGGGUAAUGGACAUACAGGGGCUCAGGUAAGAAGCAGCUGCCUGGGGAUGGGCAGGACUCCAGGGUUCCUUGGUGGCAGCACCAUGUGCAGAACUACCCAGCUGUGCCAGCCCAGAGGGGCAGGUGCCUGUUGUGUCCGGGGGAAGGGGAAGCUUGUGUCCCUGCCUGUGCUCCAGGUCCCCUGAGCCCAUCCAUGGAGCCUAUGGAAUUACACCCGGUGUCCAGCUUUCCAGCCCAUGGCUCUGCAAGCUGGGGGGGGGGGGGGCUGCCCCCGGGGGCACGACAUGCUGGGCUUUCUCCCAUUGCUUGCACUGGGGGGUGGGGAAUACACCUCGAAUGCCCCAUGCCCCUGCCAGGCAUUUACCUCUUCACCACAUUGCAGCAGUAAUGCAAGCCCUCCCCUCCCAACGGGGUAGGCCUGGGUCCUGGGGUCUAUACGGGGUGGGGGGAGGGUUGCAGCUGUCCAUCCCAACCCCUCCAAGGCCCCAGAGCCCCUCUCCCUGCUGCUCCUAGCCCCAGAUCUCUGCAGAGCCGCCUCCAGGGAUGGGCCAGGGCCAUGGGGCACCCUCUGGGCAGCCUGCCCCUCCCUUGGGCCCCCUUGGCUCUCCCUGCUCCCAGGGCUAAGCAUCACCACUUGCCCCAGGCAGAGCAGGGAUCUGGAAGCGGGUGUAGCUGUGGGUGGGUGCAGGCAUUGCAAGCAGGGUGACCUAGUGGAUAAGGCACUGGACUGGGGCUCAGGAGACCCGGGUUCCACUUCUGGCUCUAGCCCAGACUCCCUAUGAGACCUUGGGUGAGUCAGCUGAACAAUGUGUGCCUCCCUUCCCCGGAUGAUCAUUCCCCCAGGCUCCUGGUGUGCUGCUCUCGGAGCCUUGGCUGGGCGAUGCUUUGUACCUGCCGCCUACUGUCAUUAAACCACCGGGGGCGGGGAGGUGGCAGGAAAGCAGCUGGGAUGGCACCUCCUCCCGAGUGCCCCAGACUGUCACUGCCCAGCAAAGAGGGUUUAAUUGCUGUCUUAAUUAAUCACUGCAUUGGUGAAUGCAAAUCAGAGCACAGUGCCUGGAUAGGCUGCUGCACGUGGCAGCCUAGAGUCCCAGGCCGGAGGACUGGCCCCAUCUCAGGGGGUGGAGAAAUAUCUUCUAGCACAUCAGAAAGCCUCAAUGGGGACUCGCGUUCCAGAUCCCCAUUCCCCAGCUCCAGCUCUCUGGCCUUGGCCCCAUCACCCAGGCAGGAGCUUGCUGCGGUCAGGGGCCGGUGGCUACCAACAGGGGGUCGAUGCUCAAGGACAAUGUGCCGCCCUCACCCGCCUACCUGCAGCACCCCAUUGUCCCUUUGUGAGCCAGUCAUGGAGCGAGAGAAACCCUGAUGUGCCAGGCCUCUGCCUGGUGGAUGACUGGGCAUAGGGAGGUUGGCAUCCUGUUGGGGGAUGGGACAGAUUGCAAGGGGCAGGCUGCCAGCCUAAGACCCAAUGGGUAGGGUGGGCUGAUACUGAGCAGCUCCUUUGCUGGAUCUGAGGAAAGUGGUGGGCCUGCAGAGGUCGUUCCUCAUCUGUGUGUGGGGGGGUCUGCCUACCCGAGCUCCCCCACCCCAGCGUUAACGCCAGUUGUUUGGGCUGGGGGAUCAGGUCUGGUUCUUUGCUGACCUUGUGCCAAAGCUGCCAGCUGUCGGUGUGUCUCUCCAUGGUGCUUGUGAUUUUACUAAUUAAAGCCGUUUGAUUGGAAAGAA